GGAGCUCCGCAUCACAGCAGGCAAGGGGCGUGGCUUAUCUGCAUAGGCAAAUAGGCGUAUCCUUCUGACGCUAACCAAGGGGAGGAGCUCCGCAUCGCAGCAAGCAAGGGGCGUGUCUUAUCGCCAGGGGGCGUGCCCUUGUGACGCAACCCAAGGCGAGGAGCUGCGAUUCAGAACAGGCCAGGGGGCGUGCCCUUGUGACGCUAAGCAAGGGGAGGAGCUCCGCAUCGCAGCAGGCAAGGGGCGUGGCUUAUCUGCCUAGGCAGAUGGGCGUGCCCUUGUGACGCUAACCAAGCUCCGCAUCACAGCAGGCACGGGGCGUGGCUUAUCUGCAUAGAAAGCAGAUGGGCGUGUCCUUGUGACGCUAACCAAAGGGAGGAGCUCCGCAUCGCAGCAGGCAAGGGGCGUGGCUUAUCUGCAUAGUGACUUAACCUAAGGCGAGAAGCGAUUCAGAACAGGCCAGGGGGCGUGUCCCCUUGUGACGCAUGUCUACCCUGGCGAUAGGCCACGCCCCUUAUGACGCACCCCAAGAAGAGGCGUGGGCCAAGCCUUGCCAGAAGUCAGUCAGGAGGAGGAGGAGGAGGAGCCUAGGCAUGGGGGGCGGGGCCUUGAAGCGGAAGCGGAGCCAAUCCGACGUCGCCGCCGAGGAGGCGGAGGCGGGGCCCCAGGAGGCGGAAGGAGAAGCGGAGGCGAAGAAGCAGGAGGCGGAGCCAGGGGCGGAGCCAGGGGCGGGGCCAGGGCCAGGGGAGGAGCCCGAGGAAGAGGCGGAGGCGUGUGCUCUGGGCGAGUCCGAGUGGGACGCGCGGGCCUGGCGCUGCGGGCCUCGCGGGCCGGGCUCCGGGGGGAAAGGGCGGAGCAGGCGGAGCCGGGAGCGGCGCACCAACUGGAGGGUCCCCGCCGGGCACGAGCGCAAGAUCGCCGCCAAGAUCCGCGCCUCCCGCGCCAAGAAGCGCCGCCGGCAGCGCCCCGGGGCCGGGCCUCGCUCCUCCCCGCAGGCAACCGAAACCCCCGACUUCUGACUUACGUGGCUCGCCGCGUCCUCCUCGACCGCCGUCCCGCCGCUGCUACGUUCCAAAAUCUCCCGUUCCGUUCCUUGUGCCUUUCCUCCUCCAGCCAUUCAAUAACACUCAAUCCUCCACCA